CCACAAACGUUAGACUCUCUCACCACCUCCUCCUCUCCUGCAUUCGCAAGCCAUCCAACGCAAGCCUUCCUAGUCCUCAAUGGCCAACCCGUCGCUGCUCUUCGCCAUUUUCUUCGCUGCCCUCCUCGUCCAAGGUGGGCUUUCGACUACGUUCACCUUCAAGAACAACUGCGCCAAGACGAUCUGGCCUGGCAUACAGGACAACCCUAAUGUCCCUGCUUUCCCGCAGACGGGCUUCACGCUCGCCGCCUCGGCCUCCAACUCGAUAACUGCCUCGUCCAAGUGGGCCGGCCGGAUAUGGGGCCGGACCGGCUGCUCCACCAAUGCAGGGAGAUUUACAUGCCAGACCGGUGACUGCGGCACCGGGCAGGUCGCGUGCAACGGCAACGGUGGCACCCCACCCGCCACGCUGCUUGAGUUCACCCUGGAUGGCAGCGGCGGGAAGGAUUACUACGACAUAAGCUUGGUCGAUGGCUUCAACUUGCCGGCCUCCAUCACUCCACAAGGUGUGUCGGGCUGCCAAACCACAUCAUGUUCGGCGAACAUCAACGCCCAGUGCCCGUCACAGCUGCAGGUGACGGAAUCCGGUACUGUCGUCGCCUGCAAGAGCGCUUGCCUGGCUUUUGACCAGCCCCAGUACUGCUGCACUGGAGCCUAUAACAGCCCGAAGACAUGCAAGGCGACGAGCUACUCCGAGUUCUUCAAGAAGGAGUGCCCUCAGGCUUACAGUUACGCUUAUGAUGAUAGUAGCAGCACCUUCACUUGCCCUAAUGGGGCUAAUUACCUCAUUACCUUUUGUCCUUGAGAACGUUUUGGGUAUCACCGAAUCGUGGUGAUCUACACCCUGGUAAUAAUAUUAGAAAUAAAGCCCAAAUUCCGGAGCUGUCCUGAGGCUCCGACGUCGUGCGGCGGUCCAUCUACAAUAUAAUGAUUUUUAUUUCAAAUAAAUAAAAUCCUUUUUAACUCCUUGCAUUUUA